AAAAUAAUUAGAAAUAACAGUCUUCAAUUUUACGCAGAAUUACGAACAUGAAAGGAAUCAGUUUACUCGUUUUAAGCCUAUUGGGUCUGGCUGCCUACUGUCAAAGCAGUCCCACCAUAGUCGCAGCAGACGACAAUGAGGUGCAGCUAAUUGAUCCUUAUUUACGCUUCCAGCCUUCGGAAGAUAGACGUGCCAAUGGCAGUAAUGUCGCAGCUAUUUUACCCAUGAAUCAAAAGUUCUUCUUGAGUCCAGAUAAGUUAUCUUGGUAUGAGGCCAACUAUUAUUGCGGUUUAGCCAAUUUAAAAUUGGUGAGCUUGAAUUCGCCAAGCCUAGAAGCUGAAUUGAAGGGUUUUCUUAGUUUCUACGGUUUACAAGACAAAUUCUACUGGACCGGUGGCAAUCGUUUUAAUACACAAAAGAACUGGGUUUGGGGCUUGAAUGGCUACAGUUUCAGCUACGCCCGCUGGGCCGAAAAUGAACCAAGUAAUGAUACGAUCCAUAACAAUUGUAUGGCUGCUUGGAUUAAACGAGAUGAGUGGUUUACAAUUGAAUGUGAUGGUGAAUUCGAUUUCAUUUGCCAGAAAUAAUGAAACUAUUUUGAUUCUAAAAAAUAUUUUAUCUUAUACCAUACAUACAUAUUUUAUAUAAUCUCUUAGAACGCCAAAUAGGUGGAUAGAAAAUAAAGCAAGGUUAAUCGGAUCAAA